AUGCACGCCGACCAGGCUGUGCUCGCCGCCGUCCACGCCCUGGCGCAGUCCCCGCUCCGACCGGGCGUCCUCGACGACGUCACGGACGUGGCCCAGCUACGCAAGCAGCUCGAGACCCAUUUCGACGUCAACCUCACCGAGCCCGAGGCUGCGCACGCCGGCAUGGCGCGCGCGCUGGAGGAGGAGCUCCGCCAGCUGGAUGGCGAGCUCGAGCUCGAGCAGCACGCGACGAGAUUAGUUCGCGGCGGCGACGUCGCCCCGUCGCCCGGCGGAAACCCGAACGACGCUCGCGGCGCCAACGGCCGCCGGUCCCUCCGCGGCGCCGCGGCGCGCGGGGCGACGGGCCCCGCGGGCGUCGGCGCCGUCGCCGCGCAGGCUGCCGAGGAGUCGAUGAAGCGAUCCAGCACCACCGGCGCGUCGACAGAGUGGCCCCACGGCUUGGCCAAGACGCUCAAGAACGACGGUCGCGACUCCCCGCGCGUCCAGUCGUCGCGCGGUAACGGCAAGAAGUCCGCCAACGGCAACGCGGGCGGCGUCGCGCCGGGCGGCGGCGGCGGAUCCAAGUCGAAGAAGGCGGGUGCGGGCGGCGGCGGCGGCGGCGGCUCGAUUGAGCGGCUUGAUCAGUCGGCGAACGCGGGCGGGCGACGGGGCGGCGCGCAGGGAGCGAGCGAUCGCAGGCUGUCCGUGAGCGCCGCGGCGACGCCGGCGGUGAAGGGCGAGCGCCCCGCGGGCCCGCUGACGACCCCGUCCCCGACGAAGGACGGCGAGGACCCCUCGAAGUCGUGCGAGAGCAAGAAGUGCAACUGCAAAAAGUCCAAGUGCCUGAAGCUGUACUGCGAGUGCUUCGCCGCGGGGGUGUUUUGCCACGAGUGCUCGUGCCAGAACUGCCAAAACACGAGCGAUAACGCGGGCCUGGUGCAGAUGACCCGGCAGCAGAUUGAGCUGAGGAACCCGAACGCGUUCGCGGACAAGAUUGUCGCAUCCGGCGACGGCGGCGGUCAGCACAAGAAGGGGUGCCACUGCAAGAAGAGCGCGUGCCUCAAGAAGUACUGCGAGUGCUUCCAGGCUGGCGUGCUGUGCCAGGAUUACUGCAAGUGCGACGGCUGCAAGAACAAGGAGGACAACGGACAGUUUGGCGGUCGGGGCGGAGCGGCGGCGGCCAAGCCCAUUCGGAUGCCGACCCUCUCUGGCCACGGCACCCAGGCUGCGGCCAUCGCCGCGGUCGAGGAGGCGGCGAUGUUCAUGGCUUCCGAGAAUGACCACCACGGGUUGAUCAUGGAGGAUCUCAUGCACAUGAAGUCCCCCGGUCGCGUGGGCCUCAUCAACGCCGGCCUCAUGUCCCCCGGGCGCUUCGGCAUGGGUUUGAUGUCCCCCGGCCGCGGGCUGGUCAUGUCGCCCGGCAGAGCCGUCCUCGCCGCGGUUGACGGCCUCGGCCUCGACCUCCUCCAGUCCCCGCCCAAGGCUGCCCCGCCCGAGGCGGCCACGCCCGCCGCGGGCAGCAACGCCAGUGGAGGUUCCAACAGCGUCGGUGCGACGCCGAUGAAGGCCCGGGGUGAGACGGUGUCGCCGCUAACCCCCGGCAGCGGGCGCGGGACGAUUCUUCGCGCGGGGCCCGGGCGUCUGACCCUCACGGGGGGAUCCGCCAUAAACACCCGCAGCAAGGCGCCUCCGCCCCGCUUCGACGGGAAACCUAACGCCAACUCCGCGAAGGGCCCGAUGGUGACCCCGACGGUGACGCGAUCGUCGAGGAAGACGAGGAGCUUCGGGGCGAUGUCCGGCAGCCACGACGCGGCGCUGGCUGGGGGGAUGAUCACCACCCUCGGGUCACCCGUGCCCUUGUCCACUCCGGAGGGGUUCGAGUGA